CUACCUGGCAAUGUACAGCAUCAUCUCAUAUUGGAUUUCCAGGGAAACAUUAUUGCAAUUACAGUAUAUGUCAUGAAGAUGAGGCCAUGGAGAACCAGCAUCAUUAUUCUGCUGAUUGCCAUCACAGAUCUUCUGCACCUUAGCAGUCUUCCUUUCCUGGUAUACAAUUAUGCUAAUAAGGAAAAGUGGACUCUUGGAGACUUUACGUGCAAGCUCAUCCGAGUUGCAUUUCAUUUUAACCUAUAUGGCAGCAUUCUCUUCCUGACCUGUUUCAGCAUCUUCCGCUACUUUGUCAUUGUUCAUCCAAUGAAAUUUCACUCCAUCCACAAAAGAAGAUGGGGCAGCAUAGCGUGCGCUGCUGUGUGGGUAAUUGCAUUAAUUGAGGGUCCUUCCAUGGUUGUUUUCAUGAGAAAUGGUUGAAGAGUACUGGUGGCUUGCAUGGACUUUGCAGUGUCUGUUGAUACACAUAAUGUACGUUGGUAUAAUUGCUUCCUCACUUCCACUGGAUUUGCACUACCUUUACUAGUAGUGACUCUAUCCUAUACUUGCAUCAACUUCAGCUUAGCAAAUGGACCAUAUACUAAUGAUGCUCAUAAGAUAAAGGCUCGACGCCUUGUUGUCAUUCUUCUGGUUAUUUAUGCUUGUUUUUUACCUUUACAUAUUUUUAGAGCUAUUCGUAUCGAAACUCGGCAGUAUCCCGUAGACUGUGUAAUGAAAAGCAUAUCCAUGCCACAUACAUUAGCAUCUAGACCCAUAGCUUCGUUAAAUACAUUUGGCAAUUUGUUACUGUAUGUUGCUGUGGGGGCAACUUCCGGCAAGCUAUUCAGUCACUUUAUAAAGCAAACCCUAUGA